GUUUUCGUUUUUGAUGAUAGCUUCGAUUCGCGUCGGUUCAGAUGCCCCCGAACUCCGCCCUGGUAUGGCGGGCAAGUUUCCCGGGUAUUUGGGAAGGGUAGGUGUUCGUUUAUGGAAGGCAAUGCGAGUCAAAUAUCGCGUCGGAGAUCUGCUUGCAUAUGGAAUGGGGAAAUUUCCGUAGAAAUUGACUCCGUUUUGUCCCACUCGUGGUCGUGGAGGCCGAUUUCGAGGCGGAGAGCGCGGCGAGAUCUGUGCGAAGAUUCGAACGAUUUUUCAAUGAUUUGGGGAUUCCUACGGCGUGCUGGGAACCGUGUAGGCUGGGAGGACGAGGCGGCACUGUGCAAUCUGACCGGUUUGGCGCAACGGGGAGGCGGGGUCACCUCGUCGUCUCAUCCCAGACAGCGAGAGCGAGCUGGAGCUGGGCUCUCUCCCCUUCCCGGUGUCCCUAUUCCGGCUACAGUGGCGGCGAGGACAUUCACAGGCGGCAGUGGCGCCCGCUCUGCGGCCAGCCAUAAAGUGGGCGAUCUUUCUCUCAAUCCGCAGCAGCUUGGUCGUCGAGAAUCCGGGACCCAGUUGAGGGGGAAAGGCCGUCUCCUUUUUACUGCCUUGCCGCCAUCUUUACUGGUCUUUGGCUGCCUUUUGGUUCUGUGAACAGAGUUCGAUGUCCAACGCCGCUGGCAACUGCAUCGCCGGAGAGGAGGUGAUGGCGAGCUCUAUCAAGCACCAGCAGCUGCUGUUGCAGCAGAGGAAGGGGAAGGCCGUGGCCGACAAGGGCGCACCGGCUGCUGCUGCCGAGGAGAAGGUGGUGGUGGCGGUGCGUGCUGCCAUUAGGGAGAUCUCCAAGACAGCCAUCGUCUGGGCUUUGACGCACGUCGUGCAGCCCGGCGGCAGCAUCAUACUACUCGUUGUCAUCCCGGCACAGAGCUCUGGCAGGAAGUUCUGGGGCUUUCCUCUAUUUGCGGGAGAUUGCGCAAGUGGCCAUAAGACCAUGUUUGAUCAGAAGUCAGAUGUCUCAGAGCUGUGUUCGCAAAUGAUGCUCAAACUUCAUGAUGUUUAUGAUGCAAGCAAGAUAAAUGUUAAGGUUAAGGUUGUUUCUGGAUCUCCUCCUGGUGUCGUAGCUGCUGAAUCUAAGCGAGCACAAGCAAGCUGGGUUGUGCUAGAUAAGGAGUUGAAGCAUGAAGAGAAGCGUUGCAUGGAAGAGUUACAGUGCAACAUUGUUGUCAUGAAGCGUUCUCAGCCUAAAGUUCUCCGUCUGAAUCUUAUGGGAUCUCCUGAUAAAGAGUCCAAAGGAUCCUGUUCACUUCCAGCAGUGUUGGAUAGUUCUGUUGGUAAAACAGCAACUGAUGUAAAGGAGCCGCGAAGUUCAGUUCGAGGACCAGCUGUAACACCUAAUAGCAGCCCAGACUUAGAGACGCCUUUUGGAAGUACCGAAGCGGGAACAUCCUCAGUCUCAAGUUCAGAUCCAGGGACUUCCCCAUUUUGUGCUUCUGAAACAACUGUUUCUCUAAAGAAAGAGGUACAAGCAACAAAGGAUAAGAUCCAGCAUUCGGAUGUCAAUAUUUCUGAUACCGACAGUGAAAUAUUGAGUCCCUCAGCAACCUUCUCGCUUCAGCCAUGGAUGGUCGACAUUCUACAGGGAUCUACAUCCUCAAAACCACCACGAAAAACUCGCACCCCAACUGCAGAUACUUUGCUUGAGAAGAUCUCCAAGUUAGAUCUUUUGCAUGAAAUAAGUUCUAUGAGAAGCAGAUCAGACUUAAACUUUAGAGGAAAUGUCAGGGACGCUGUCUCGUUAGCAAGGAGCGCACCUCCUGGGCCGCCUCCAUUGUGUUCGAUAUGUCAGCACAAGGCUCCUGUGUUUGGGAAACCUCCUCGGUGGUUUAGUUACGCUGAACUUGAACUUGCAACCGGUGGUUUCUCCCAGGCAAAUUUCCUGGCUGAAGGUGGAUUUGGAUCUGUUCAUCGAGGCGUCCUUCCUGAUGGUCAGGCAAUUGCUGUCAAGCAACAUAAGCUUGCUAGUUCCCAGGGUGAUGUUGAAUUUUGCUCAGAGGUGGAAGUUCUGAGUUGUGCACAACACCGUAAUGUUGUAAUGCUCAUUGGUUUUUGUGUUGAGGAAAGGAGGCGUUUAUUGGUUUAUGAGUACAUCUGCAAUGGAUCCUUGGACUCACAUCUUUAUGGUCGCAAUAAUAAAGACACACUGGAAUGGGCAGCUAGACAAAAGAUUGCUGUUGGCGCUGCUCGAGGGUUGCGGUAUCUACAUGAGGAAUGCAGAGUUGGCUGCAUUAUCCAUCGGGACAUGAGACCAAACAACAUCCUUGUCACACAUGAUUUUGAACCUCUGGUUGGAGAUUUUGGUCUAGCACGAUGGCAACCCGAUGGAGACAUGGGUGUUGAAACAAGAGUCAUCGGCACAUUUGGUUAUCUGGCACCAGAGUAUGCGCAGAGUGGACAAAUAACAGAGAAGGCUGAUGUAUACAGUUUUGGUGUCGUGUUGGUAGAACUUGUCACUGGGCGCAAGGCUGUUGACAUUAACCGACCUAAGGGCCAGCAGUUUUUAACUGAAUGGGCACGCCAUCUCUUGGAGGAUAAUGCAGUCGACGAGCUCAUAGACCCAUGCUUGGGGGACCGAUACAGCGAAACUGAGGUCCGUUGCAUGUUGCAUGCCGCAAACCUGUGCAUACGACGUGAUCCUCAUUCAAGGCCUCGCAUGUCUCAUGUUCUUCGCUUGCUCGAGGGCGACAUGGUUGUCGAUUCCGUCUCCGUUUCGGCCCCAAGUAGUGAUUCUGCGAGCAGGAGCUGGCGAAAGGCAAAUGAGCAACAGCAUUAUCAGGACUACAGCAGCCCAGCCCGGCAAGAUUCACAGCGAGUGGUUGGAAGGAAACAACAAUCUUAUGACGCUUUGAGGGCUGCCUGGGACCGAGACAAGAAGAGCAUCUCUAACCGAUAUUAAUGCUCACCCCUUCCCUUAGCAACUCAAUUAUGUAUUAUUCCCUCCUCCUCUGCUUUUGAGUAAUCGUAGGCCCAAAGCUUUUGCUGCUACCUUGUCCUGGUGUAUAGUAGGAAUGCCAAUAGGUUUACAAGUAUAUUGAGCUCUGAGUUAGCUCUUCUUUUGUGUAUCAGCCGACGAAAUGACAUCUAGUUGUGCGAAGAUCUUAGUUGUGAUAACUGUUGCAGUCGUCAGUCACCCUGAUGAGAAUGGCAGCCAUGCAGUGUGUGUGCCGUUUGUAGAUCUCGAUAUGGUCUCCGCACUGCUGCGCCUACUGGGCUUCGGGGGCACUGCCCGCUGUUUGUCAAUCAAUCAUGGCGUUGUUUUGUUU